AUGUUUCUUCAGUGUCUUUAUACAACUUUUACACUUACUUUUAUUUUAUUAUUUAUUAUAUAUUGGAAAUUAAUUCGUCCUGGCAAACGUAUCUAUGAUGUUUUACGAGCUCAAGGUAUACCAUGCGAACCUUUUGUACCGUUACUUGGUCAAGUACCACGAUUGUAUAAAUAUAAUAAACAAAAUCGAAUAAUGAAUUUUCAUGAAGAACUUUGUAAAAAACAUGGAUUAAUUUUUAUGUUUGGUCUUGGUUCAUAUCCACGUCUUGUUGUACAAGAUGCUGAUUUAAUAGCCGAUAUACUUGGUCGAGCACAUGCACCAUAUUAUCAAAAACCAAGAGAUCUUAGUUCUCGUUUAAAACCUCUCAUUGGUUUACGUAAUCUUUUAAUUAGUAAUGGAUAUGAACAUGCACGAGCAAGACGAAUGCUUAAUCCUGGUUUUCAUUUUGAAAAUCUUCGUUCAAUGGUAUCAAAUAUGACCGAUGAAACAACAAAAAUGAUUGAUAAAUUAUUUGAAUCAUGUGGAAAAACAAUUAAUUUAGAAAAAGAACUUAGCUUUCUUACAUUAACAAUUAUUGCAUCGAGUGCAUUUGGUGGAAAUUUUGAAACAAUGGUUAAUGCAAGAGAAAUUGUUUCUGAAGCUUUUAUUGCAGCAUUAGAUGCAAUUGUUAAUCGUUCAUUAUUAUUAAUUGAUCAAAUACCUUUUUUUUCUCGAUUACCAUUUUGGGGUAAAGAUAUUAUUGAUAAAGGUUGUGAGAAAGCUUUAAAUUUUGUUGAACAAAUAAUUAAUGAUAGAAAACAAGGACGAUCAAAAAAUCUCUGUCAAAAUGCUGAUAUACUUGAUUUACUUUUAAAAGCAGUCGAUAGUCAUGGUGAACAUUUUACAGAUGAAGAAAUAAGACAAGAAGCUAUGGCUUUUGUUCUUGCUGGACAUCAAUCAACAGGUGAUCUUAUGGUAUGGAUUAUGUAUGUUUUAAUGACGAAUCCAUCUAUAUUAAAUGCGUGUCAAAAUGAAGUUGAUCGAGUAUUACCAAAUGGUAUGAUUCCAACAUAUGAAAAAUUGAAUGAAUUAAAUAUUUGUGAAUCUAUUAUACAUGAAACAUUACGUUUAUAUCCACCAAUACCAUUUUUUGUUCGUCAAUGUAUACAAGAUCAUACGAUUAAAAGUAAAAAUUAUCAAUUAAAUAUUCCUGCUGAUGCAACUAUUUUAAUUAAUAGUUAUUUAAUACAUCGUGAAGAAAAAUAUUGGCCUCGGCCACUUGAAUUUGAUUAUACUAGAUGGAUGCGUGAUCCAGAAACAGGUCUUAAACCAAAAUUAGCUCAUCCAUAUUGUUAUUUACCAUUUGCUUCAGGACCACGUAGUUGUAUUGGUCAAAAUUUUGCUUUAAUUGAAGCUAAAGUCAUAUUAGCUAUGUUCGUACAACGUUGUAAUUUUGAACUUGAACCUAAAAAUCAAAAAAUAGCAAUGGAUGUUCGUAUUAUAAUGCGACCAAAAUUUGGAUUAUUUAGUAAGAUUACUAAACGCCGGUGA